GAGUGACGGUUUGUGCCUUGUUCGUAUCAGAUGACGACACCAUCCUGACCUUAAAGCAGCAGGUUGCCUUGCAUCUAGGGCACCUUCCCUUCGCUGUUGUUUUUCUGGUGGGCAAUGAAGUUGUUCCAUUUGCGCAGACAUGGGCCAGAGCUGGAUCCCCGCCACUUAUGCACGUGAUUCUUAAACCCAGGACCAACUGUCACAGACUUGCCUUAUCAAAAGCCAUCCAAGCGCAAAACCACAAUACAGUGAUCGACCUCCUCAGUAAUGGCCAAGAGCCAGAUUGCAUGGGCUUGAUCGACCGCACUCGCCGCUUAGAGCCAGUAUUGGUGACUGCAGCUUCAGCCGGCUUCUUCUAUUCUGCAUUUUUGCUCCUCAAUGCAUGGGCAGACCCUAAUAUUGCUGGCAAUGACCGCCGGACUUCCUUGCAUUUUGCCGUUCUCACACAUUCGCCAAUGACUGUGCAGGUUUUGCUGGCUGGAAGGGCUGAUGUGCAUGUGAGGGAUUUGCAUGGCGAAACCGCUUUACAUUUUGCUGCCAUCAGCGAGAACGUGGCUUUCGUGAAACAGCUGAUCAUGGCAGGGGCUGACCCUUUGACUCCCAAUGAGGAAGGAGAUGUCCCGCUACUUUGGGGCCGUGAAGUGGACACUAAGGGUGCCCUUUUGGAAGGCUGUUGGCAUGACAUGUCGUAUACCAUGCUCUUUCUCUUAAACUUGCGAACCUUGUCAGCCUAUACAACUUGCAGGCCAUUGGAAAAGCUUUGCCAGUGCAUGCGCAAGCUGCUCUGUGAAUAUGUCUUGCACGAUGAAGCUGACUUCCAAGGAGGGGCCGAGUCAAACGCACCAACGGAGCGCCUUUUGCACUUGUACUUGUUUCGCAAUCCGCUCCCUGCAGAUCGGCCCCGGGUGUGGCAUCAAUUGCAAUUGUUUCAGUUAUAUGUGGAGCCUCUCCAGCCCACAUUGCAGAAAUUCCCGAGAUUGUUUUGGAUUUUGCCGGUGCCAUUUGAUGUCUCGCAAAGCAAGGAACAGUGGAAGGUGAAGCUGUUUGCUGCCUCCACGUUUUUGAAUUUGCUGCAGAAGGGCGAAGUCGUGAAGCUGGAGGGUGCCCUCAUCACCUGGUUUUGGCCAGAAAUUUUGCAGGAACUUGCACGACCCGCAAAUUUUGAGGAUAGGCAAGGUGGCGCAGAAGAUGUGAGCCAAGGUGGCACAGAAGAUGUGACCCGCCGAAUCUUGGAGAACAGGGGCGUGGCCCGUUCCCGCAAAAUGCUGAAGUUGGUGCAAUGGUCGCAUGGACUUGGAAUGGAGUUGCCGUUGCGGGGAGACAGCGUGGAUGCUAUGGUUCCCUAUCGUCACGAACAUUUUGCUCCCUGCGUAGACAUCACAACUCUGGCAUGGCUUCACCCCCAUGACAGAGACUGUCACGUUCGGUUCGAGUCUGAAGGCCACGUGUAUUACAUCCGUGGCAAGCAGACCAAUGGAUCUGUGACUGGGUUGAUCCAUGCCUUGGCACGACCAUUCGAUGCCGACGAAGUAAUUUCCAAUAUGAUGGCAGGUGACAGAUGGCCUCGCGCAGGCUAUUUGCGACCAUUCUUAGGAGAGACUGUAUUGAAGCGCGUCCGCCAAGUUGAUGCAGACCUUGUGCUUGCUCUCCUGGACUCCCCCCGCAAUGAUACAUGGAUCUCCAACCGGCUCCAGAGCCUGCGGACGAACUUUCCAGAGAUUGUCCAGAGUCUGGUAUUUGGCCCGCAUGAAAUCAAGCGCAUGUGGGAAGCCAACCGAAUUGAUGCUGCUCUUCGAGGCACCCACAUGCAUUUUUGGUUUGAAGCGCAUGUGAAUGGAUAUGUGGUGCCAAAAACAAGUCCAGAAUUCUCGAUGCUUGAAACCUUCUUACAAGACAUGCAAGGGUGGCGCGCCUUCCGCACGGAAUGGGUUAUUUUUGGUGAGGAAGAGAACAUUGCUGGGUCAAUCGAUCUCACUGCACAAAACCCAAAUGGGCAGUUGGCACUGAUUGACUGGAAGCGGACCUCCAGCCUAGCAUCGAAAUUCUCUUCGCCGUGGACGAUGCUACCGCCUUUAGAUCAUGUUCCGGACUGUGCUGGGUGGCAUUACCGGCUCCAACUGAACAUUUACAGGUAUAUUGUGGAGAAAUACUACGGCUUUGAGGUGGCUAUGAUGCUAGUGGUUUGCACCCACCCCGACCAACAAUUGCGGCCUUUCAUCGACCAUGUGCCGCGUCUCGACAAGGAGAUUGAAGUCGUGAUGAGUUUGCGGCGGGACAAAGCACAUGCUGUUGAUGUGUCUGGAGGAUCAGAUUUUGAGGAACAACUUGAGAAAGAAAUGGAUUGGCUGAAUGAGCAGGCGAAAGCCGAGGAGGCGGCUAGUAGGAGAGAUGGGAGGGGUGGGCCAGAGGGACCGGAAGAAGCACAGCAACCUGAAGGACUUGCAAGUCAAGCUCUUGAGGAUGAUGGAGCAAACCCACUGCCAGAAGUAGAUGAUGCAAAUCUGAGACAAUGCAAGAAGCGCCGCUUGCUUCCUGGAGCGUCAAUCAAAAAGCCUGAGCAGAGCCAUUCCCUUUUGCAACAGAGCAGCUACAUGAUCAAGCAGGUGCGUGCUCGCAAGCCACAAUGGCCUGAGCAGCUUGUGCGCUUGGUGGCGUGCGCUUGCGUUUUGCCCCACAUGCGGCUCUGCGAUGCCUACCUCCGGGAACAUAUUUACUUGAUCUGGCUGAUGGAAGGUGGCCGCUACCUUCGUGUCCACAACGGACAAUGCUUUCUGUACCAUGAUUGCGGGGCUUUCCAAGUCUUUCGCGGAAGCCCGCCGGAACAAACAGUUGCCCGGAUCAAAGAGUUCAUACUUCAAGUCGAAGGGUUUUUUCGAAGCAUCCAAGGAGCAGUAGAUCGAACACAGGAGAGUAUAGUGCAAAUGGUAGAAGGCAUGGAGGCAGAUGCGAAUGGAGAUAUAAAGGUGCUACUUGACAAGUGGAUAUCUGCCGCGCUCUUCAUGAAGCAGCUUCCGCGCGGCCGCAGAGCGCCUCAAUUUGAUGAAGUUGAUGAUGCGGAACCAGAAGCGGCGGCAACUGGUGAUGCAGGAGGGUGGACCCAAUCCAUUGCUAUCGCCCUAAGCAAGUUGAGCGUAACCCUGCAAAAGGAAGUCAUGGAUGAUAAGAUAUAUGGUCUCAUGAUUGAAUGGUGUGAAGCGCCUUGCCAGAAGCAAGCUGGCUGUGCGUACAAAGAUAUAUGCGUUGUGUAUGAUUCAAAUGAAGAGAAUGUGGAAUUUGUGCAGCCAAGCCACGACAACAACCUCUACACAUUGAUCCCGCAUGCCUUAAAGCCUUCUUUGCCGGAUCCCGUCCUCCAAGCUGCGAGCUGCCGUUUGGAGAAGUUUUUCCGCGAGACCUUUUGGCGGAACUUCGAUGUCUUUUUGUGCUGUCAGGCAGCCCAAGCCAUCGCGAAAAGGGGUGAGAAUAUUGACCGAUGCUUCAUUGGUGAGAGCCCCGGUGGAGUAGGCCAAUCUUUAUACAGUUCUCACUUGAAUGCGGUUUAUGGACACAAUCACGCAUUCAUUGACCCUAAUAUUUGGUACGAUGAGCAAGAGCUCCGGAAGCAGAUUGAGCAAUUUGCAGGCUGCUUUAUCUUAACAGCGCAGGAGGCGCCUGAAACUUCACGCCGAAUGCGGGAAGACUUGUACAAAAAGACAAUGAGUGCAGAUGGCAUGGCUGGGAGGCGGCCGUACGGGUAUGUCACCCGCAUGAUUGAACUUACCGGAUGGAAGAGGAUGGAGGUCAAUCGUCUGAUGCAGUUCAAGGGUGUAUCUGAGCAUAACUUCCCAUCAAUCCUGCGGCGCAGUUUCCUUUGGCGUCCGCACGCUCGAUUUGUAUGUCCGCAAUACUUGGAAGAGCAUUACACAGAUGCGGCGCUGGAUGGGUACUUUCCAAAAGAUCCAACUUUGAAGGAGUUCCUUGUCUCAGGCCCUGUGGAUGAUCAACUAAGCCAGGAUCAAGCAGAAAGUGUAAAAACAGGUUCUGAAGCAGUGGCCCGCCGCAUUGUGGAGGAAUGUCUUUCAAAGGGGUUCUUCAUGUUCACAUUGCAACAGUUCAAGACCAUGUCUCUGCCUUCGAAUGCACCCAAUUUAGACAAAGAGAGCAUGUUGACACAGCUACAAGAGCAUUUAUUGGUAAAGCAAAUAGCAAGAAAGCGCGGCAAAGGAAAGCAGAUCAUUGUUCCAUGCGUCCUGGGGCAAGGCAGUUUGCAGGAUGUCUUUGAUCUGAAAAGCUCAAACGACACGGCACUAGUAUUCCCCGAAAUGUGGCACACAAGUUGCUUGCGGGACUUUGCUUCCAAACAUCUUGCCAGAGAACACAAUGUCGUCACUAUGAUAGCAUUCUUGGAUGCCAGCAUUGCUGCAUUGAAGAGGAAAGGCUCCGGAAAGUUAACGUCUGAGGUCAAGCUCAGACACGAUGCGUUGGUCGAAAGGAGGCGUAAGUUGGAAGCCAACGAGCAGUUGAUUGGGAAGCUCCUCGCUGCUGCUGGUGGUGAGGCUGGUGACCUGGAAGGGCAGGCACGCAGUGAUGUGAUCAAGGAGCUAGGUUUGCCAGCUGCGGAAGGGAAGAAAGUUUUGCUUGAAGUCAUAAACGGUGGCGGUCCGCCUAGCCGUCUGUCGGAACAUGAUGUAAUUGUUGGGCUUCGGAAAGCUGCCAUCUGGAUUAAAUGGCUUGCAAUUUCAAAUUUUCCCGAUCUCUACAGCCACUGUGAUGCAGACAGAAGCAAGCCAUCGCCAGACAACUCCAUGAUAGCAUACUUGUACCAAGCUGUUGAAGAUCUAGUUUUGUCUAGCUGGGUGCAAUUCCUCAUGACGCAAGAUCUCGUGCAUUUAUCCCUUCACUUCGACGGUUGCCGAAUUCAGGGUCGAGCGCUUGACACGGCUUCAAUGUGUCAAGAGUCUUCGGAGUGGAUUGCCAAAGAGACUGGGUUUCAGGUGGUUGUGAAGCAGAAGAAGCACCUGCUUCUCGCGGAGCUGUUGGGAAGGGAUGGACGUGUUUGCGAUACUCUGUCACUUUCUUCCAGCUUCGACUACUCUGCAAAUGGCAUUCUUACAUGCCUGGCCUACAUUGCAGACCUCUGGUCACCAUUGGACGCAUGGCUACAGGAACAUAAGGCAAACAUUGAAGGAGGUCAAACACAUCGUUCAUAUAAAGAAUGUUUCAAAGCUGCAGAUGUUGCCUUCUCAGUAGACAUUGGUUUCUGUGCUGAGAAGACGGGGAAGUACCUACUCCAUUGUGAGCACAAUGGAUCUCCGCUCGUCCUUGGAUGUGUAAUGGCCGAAGAAACUUGCAAAGUGUUAGUCCGGGACACAGUAUAUGCGCUAUCAGCAGAUGCUUUCAAGGCAUGUGCUGAGGAGUCAAUUGAUUAUGCCUCCCUAGUGACAUUUCGCAUGCUGAAAGCAGGCGAAAAACCCCGGCAAGAAUCUGAAGUUCUUCUGGAACUGCAGGCCGGCUUCGAUCUAUCUGGCGGUGCUGAGUUGGAGAUGUUGUGUGAGUGCGAAGGAUUGCUGGAGAAUUCUGAUGAUGAAGGCAUGGCCGGAUCACAUGUUGAUGAAUCAAUAGUGCAGGUGGGCGAAGAGUUGCUGGCGUUGCUCGCAGAAGAAAGAGGUGAAGUCCUAGAUAGCACUGAGACUGUGCAUGAAGGCAGUAUGCACCGUUGUCCGUUCUGUCCGUUCCGGCAAUUCCCUCGACCUUCUCGUGUGAUGGAGCAUGUGCAAAAGUAUCAUACAACGAAACGACAAUUCUGUUGCAGUGGCACCAAGCAAGUCAGAGUCAUUCAGGCUUUGUUUGACGAUGACCAGCUCCGCAAUAUACAGCCAAGUGCUCGCUACCUCCGCAGGAGCGCCGCCGUGUUGCGAACAUCAAUUGGGAAUGAGGAUGGAAGCAUCAAUCAUCUUGAUCGUCGAUUACGCUUGGUCUUGACGGAGAAGGGCCCCGUGUACAAAAGCUUGCAACACGUUGCUGAGAACGAAACAGUGUACCGUCGAGCCAAGAACUUGUAUUACACGCAUGGAUUUGCAGAUAUGCUUUUCCAAGAGAUGAUGGUUAGCAAUGCAAAAAUGAAGCAAGCAUCUCGACUGAAGCUUGUAGACAUGUAUCCCUUGGAUGCACUCUUUGUUGCGGCUAGCCGGUUGGCUUUGAGACUCGCAGCAAGUGGCAGCAAGCUCACGGGCCUCUUGCCUCAGCAUGUUCGACACUGGUGGCCGCUCGUGGAGGACAUCUUCUACUCCGACGCCGUGAACCAGCUGUUCGCCCAAUCUAUGGCAGAGGCGGUUCACCAUACGGAAUUUGAAUCCGUCAGUGUGGAUGCAACCCUGAAGUGUUGCCUCUCCAUUCUCGGCCAGAGUUCCUACAGAGCAGGGCCGCAGGAACGAGCCAGCGCUGCUUUCACGGGGAAAGAUUGCUUUCGCAAGGUUCUGACAGUCCGUGGGCGAACCGGCUGUGUACUGCUCAUGGCUCCAACGCCAAAUGAGGAGGCACCCGCCAUUGCCGAGCGCAUUGCUGAGUCGUUGCCUGAAGAUGGACUCCGGCAAACACGGAUUGUGUGCACGGAUGAUCCUUCUGCGCAUUUGUUGUCGACAUUGCGCAAUGUCAUGCCAAAGCUGGAGCUGCUAUGCUUGGACCCUGUCCACCUAUGCAUGACUUUUGAGUAUGGGACGUACAGAAGAAGAACAAAGGCGUCAACCAUGUUGAGAACAAUUAUGCAAAAGUUUAAUGCCGUGGACUUUAAGAACAUGUCAGCCUACAACUCCAGGCCUUUCAACGGCAUUCAGGAUGUUUCGUUCGAUCACAUCACCAAGACACGUCGAGAACAGAUUCUGAGUGGAGGAAUGGGAAAGGCCAAAGCAGAAUCUCUCCUUGACAGCCUGGAUGCUGCGAAGCCUUGGCAAUGCGAACGGGAUUGCAUUGAGGCCAUGGCAGCAUUUGUCCGAUGUUUUUCGGACGAUGUAGACAAAAUCAUUCCCGGUCCGAACCGGUCUGGACGGCAAGUGCUGUACACUGCCUGCGCGCCUGCGAGGAUGCAAUGGUAUUUCAACAACAUCCGGGCGCGCCAUAGUAUGCGGCCAGAUCGAGUUGUAUUACUUCCUGCUGGUACCACUUCCAACGAGGCACUGCAUGCUGAAGUACGAGCUUGGUUCCGAGAGACGCAGCAGAUGCAUAAGAGCACAUUGGAAAUCAAACUGCGGGUGCUUCACCUGUCCAAACUGAUGACCCACCAUGCGGGCAUGUACAGACCAACUUUGCGGCAAAUUCCGUCGGGCCUGGUGCUGGCUAGAUCUGUUGUCUCUUCUGCCUGGAAUCGACGAAAGCCCUGGAGCAAAUUUGCCGGACAGAGUGGCAAGGCUCAUUUGCCUCUCAAUGAGAGACGGCAGCAAGAAGCAUCAUUAGUCAAGGCGCAUGCUUCCAAAAAACCGGCUGCCAAUAUCAAAAGACCAGCGGCCAUGAGGCAUUGCGCAAAAAAGCCAGCCACGCACGUCCUCCCGCAGAAAGUGCGCAGGACUCCCUUUAACAGAGUAAGAGUGUCCACUUGCCGUAUCAUGGGCGAAAAAAGGCAAGGAGGUUUGAAAGCCUAG